AUGACUUUACCCUUAAACCAAAAAGUGCUGGAUGUGCAGCAGCAGGGCUAUCCACCCAAGUUGUCGCAGCAGGGCUAUCCACCCAAGGUCCCUCAGGUGCAGCAGCAGGGCUAUCCACCGAAGGUGCAAAAAGUGCCCCAGCAACAGCAGGGCUACCAACCCAAGGUGCUGCAGAUGCCCCAGCAGCACAGCUACCCACCCAAGGUCUCUCAGGGCUACCCUGCUCAGGUGCUGCAUCAGCAGGUCUACCCACCACAGGUGCAACAGCCGUAUUUGCCCCGGGUGCAUCAGCAACAGCCGUACUCGCCCCGGGUGCAUCAGCAGCAGCAGCAGCAGCAGCCCUACUUGCCACAGCUGCCCCAACAGCAGCAGCAGGCCUACUUGCCACAGGUGCCCCAACAGCAGCAGCAGCAGCCCUACUUGCCACAGGUGCCCCAACAGCAGCAGCAGCAGCCCUACUUGCCACAGGUGCCCCAACAGCAGCAGCAGCAGCCCUACUUGCCACAGGUCCCCCAACAGCAGCAGCAGCAGCCCUACUUGCCACAGGUCCCCCAACAGCAGCAGCAGCAGCCCUACUUGCCACAGGUCCCCCAACAGCAGCAGCAGCAGCCCUACUUGCCACAGGUGCCCCAACAGCAGCAGCAGCAGCAGCAGCAGCCCUACUUGCCACAGGUGCCCCAACAGCAGCAGCAGCAGCCCUACUUGCCACAGGUGCCCCAACAGCAGCAGCAGCCCUACUUGCCACAGGUGCCCCAACAGCAGCAGCAGCAGGCCUACUUGCCACAGGUGCCCCAACAACAGCAGCAGCAGCAGCAGGCCUACCCGCCACAGGUGCCCAAGCAGCAGGCCUACCCGCCACAGGUGCCCAAGCAGCAGGCCUACCCGCCACAGGUGCCCAAGCAGCAGGCCUACCCGCCACAGGUGCCCAAGCAGCAGGCCUACCCGCCACAGGUGCCCCACCAGCCACAGGUUCCCCAACAGCAGCAACAGCACCAGGUCUACCAGCCACAGGUUCCCCAACAACAGCAGCAGCAGCAGGUCUACCAGCCACAGGUUCCCAAACAGCAGCAGCAGCAGGUCUACCAGCCACAGGUUCCCCAGCAGCAGCAGAUCUACCAGCCACAGGUUCCCAAACAACAGCAGCAGCAGCAGCAGGUCCACCAGCCACAGGUGCCCAAACAGCAGCAGCAGGUCCACCAGCCACAGGUGCCCAAACAGCAGCAGCAGGUCCACCAGCCACAGGUGCCCAAACAGCAGCAGCAGGUCCACCAGCCACAGGUGCCCAAACAGCAGCAGCAGGUCCACCAGCCACAGGUGCCCAAACAGCAGCAGCAGGUCCACCAGCCACAGGUGCCCAAACAGCAGCAGCAGGUCCACCAGCCACAGGUGCCGCAGCAGGUCCACCAGUCACGGGUGCCCAAGCAGCAGCAGCAGCAGCAGGUCCACCAGUCACGGGUUCCCAAGCAGCAGCAGCAGCAGCAGGUCCACCAGUCACAGGUUCCCAAGCAGCAGCAGCAGCAGCAGCAGCAGGUCCACCAGUCACAGGUUCCCAAGCAGCAGCAGCAGGUCCACCAGCCACAGGUUCCCCAGCAGCAGCAGCAGCAGGUCCACCAGCCACAGGUUCCCAAACAGCAGCAAGGCCAUCGCUACAAGCCGCGCUAUCAGGGAAAGCAACCUGGCUAUGUGGCAAAGUUGCCUCAAAAGCCACGCUACGCACCCCUGAAGCACCAACAGGCAAAAUCUGUUAAGCAGCCUAAGCAGGUCAGUUAUUUUAAGUGA